AUGGCGGCUGUCUGCCAGAUGGUCGCCUCAGUGUCUGACUCCGAAAUGCCAACUGCAAUUAAAAACCUUCUUUCAGAGAACAAGUCUUUCAAUUCUGGGCCCAUAUGCCUUCCUCCUCAACAUGUGAACCAGCGGCAUCAGCAGAAUCUGGGAACGGUCUCCGUUUCUACCUGUAAUGCUCAGUUUAAUGAGUACUUGGCUAGGUUACAGGGCCCAGCUCUUCAAUCAAACAUUAACCCGGGUGUUGCUGUGGAGGUGAGGAGACUGACGGCAGUGUCCUGCCUCACCUACAGUGUCUCCUCUGAGUUGGCCAACACGCUUUUGUACCGCACAACUCUGCUCCAUUUUAACAAUGGCAUGAUGGUCACCGACAACAAUGGUAUCAUCAAGUUUCCGCAAUUGUGCAAAUUUUGUGAUGUGAGAUCUUCCACCUGUGACAGCCAGAAAUCCUGCCUGAGCAACUGCAGCAUCACGUCUAUCUGCGAGAGGCCACACGAAGUCUGUCUGGCCGUCUGGAGAAAGAACGAUGAGAACAUAACCCUAGAGACGCUUUGCCAUGACCCCAAGGUUACCUACCAUGGAAUUGCUCUUGAAGACUCUGCUUCUCCCAAGUGUAUUAUGAAGGAAAAAAAGGUGUUGGGCGAGACUUUCUUUAUGUGUUCCUGUAGCACCGAUGAAUGCAAUGACUACAUCAUCUUCUCAGAAGAAUACGCCACCAACAACCCUGACCUGUUGUUAGUCAUAUUCCAAGUGACAGGCGUCAGCCUCCUGCCCCCCCUGGGGAUCGCCAUAGCCGUCAUCAUCAUCUUCUACUGCUACCGUGUUCACCGGCAGCAGAAGCUGAGCCCAUCCUGGGAUACCAGCAAGCCACGAAAGCUCAUGGAGUUCAGCGAGCACCUUGCCAUCAUUCUGGAAGACGACCGCUCUGACAUCAGCUCUACCUGCGCCAACAACAUCAACCACAACACAGAGCUGCUGCCCAUUGAGCUGGACACCCUGGUGGGGAAAGGCCGCUUCGCCGAGGUCUACAAGGCCAAGCUGAAGCAGAACACUUCUGAACAGUUCGAGACCGUGGCGGUCAAGAUCUUCCCUUACGAGGAGUACGCCUCCUGGAAGACGGAGAAGGACAUUUUCUCAGACAUCAACCUGAAGCACGAGAACAUACUGCAGUUCCUGACAGCCGAGGAGCGCAAGACGGAGCUGGGGAAGCAGUACUGGCUGAUCACGGCCUUCCACGCCAAGGGCAACCUGCAGGAGUACCUGACGCGGCACGUCAUCAGCUGGGAGGACCUGCGCACGCUGGGCAGCUCCCUCGCCCGGGGCAUUGCCCACCUGCACAGCGACCACACCCUGUGCGGGAGGCCCAAGAUGCCCAUCGUGCACAGGGACCUCAAGAGCUCCAAUAUCCUCGUCAAGAAUGAUCUGACCUGCUGCCUGUGUGACUUUGGGCUUUCCCUGCGUCUGGACCCGACCCUGUCUGUGGAUGACCUGGCCAACAGCGGGCAGGUGGGAACUGCAAGAUACAUGGCUCCAGAAGUCCUAGAGUCCAGGAUGAAUUUGGAGAAUGUUGAGUCCUUUAAGCAGACGGACGUCUACUCCAUGGCUCUGGUCCUCUGGGAAAUGACAUCUCGCUGUAAUGCGGUGGGAGAGGUGAAAGAGUACGAGCCUCCAUUUGGUUCCAAGGUGCGGGAGCAUCCCUGUGUUGAGAGCAUGAAGGACAAUGUGCUGAGAGACCGAGGACGACCAGAAAUUCCCAGCUCCUGGCUCAACCACCAGGGCAUCCAGAUGGUGUGCGAGACUCUGACCGAGUGCUGGGACCAUGACCCGGAGGCCCGGCUCACGGCCCAGUGCGUGGCAGAGCGCUUCAGUGAACUGCAGCACCUGGACAGGCUCUCGGGGAGGAGCUGCUCCGAGGAGAAGAUUCCCGAAGAUGGCUCGUUGAACACUACCAAAUAG